AUGACCAACCCAAUCGAUGCUUCGGCGCAACAUGCUCAUGACUCGAAUGAGGUUACGGCACCCGCCAAACCUUCACUUAGGGUUUCAGAACUGGGCCCAUCUGCCACGCGUGAGCAGGAUCUAGCCAACGGCCCGUUGCUAUUGGGACUUGGUGAUGGGCAGGAUGACCAUUUCGCAUACCCAGAAAUGGACCUAGGCUCUCCGGCGUCCGGGAUACAUCGUCCAGAACAGAGCAUCCUGCCUAUGAUGCCACCGAGUCUUCCACGAGCAUUGGCUACAGAGUCACUGGCUCAGUCUACGAUUACGGAGUCAGGUGCAUCAUAUUCUACGCCAUCUGGAAACCUUGCAACUGUUCCAAUUCCACCAGUUCUUGAGAAUUCACUUAUUCAAGAUUUAAUUGGAUCAGCAAUUGCUCCAUCCUGGGAUCCUCUGCCCCCCUGGCCGAGGGAGUUAGCUGGGCCAGCAAACGCUGAUAGCAUUGGAAGCACUGUAUUCCCAUGGUCAAGCGAGUUUUCAUGGAAGAAAUCCGGUCUCUGUUUCGGGGAUGAGCCAAUGAAGAUCAGCAGAACACCAGAGGAUCACUACUCCAAAAUUGAUUCGGGGUCAGAAAGCGUUCUGGUUGGUAUGGGAUCUUACUUUGAGCACUCGAGCCCAGCAGAAUCGCCUGGGAACCUCGAAGCAGGGUCUACGAUAUGUUCUACUUCGAGUGGUACCCCCAGCGUCUCAGGGAUCACGGAUAGCGAUACCGCUAUGGAGUCUUUCGACAAUGAUCCGCUGAUUGUUAUGCAGCAAUGCGUGGACUGGGCAGUAGAAUUGCUAGUCGAUAACUUUUUCAGAUCAUACGCGCCACGAAGUUCGAAAGGACGAGCUACUGGGACAUCGCAAACGAGUAUCCAAGCUGCCUCGGACAAUCGUACAGUCGAAAGGCCAGGGCCUAGCAGAGAAGCAAAGGCUAGAUACAAUCCUCGCAAACGCAAAGCCCUCGGGGGCGAUGAGGGAAGCGAAGAUGAGGAUCCUCAACGCAUAAGACGAACGCCUACUGGUUCUGAGCUGGCUGAGGACUCUCUGGGCUGGGCCUGUCCGUUUGUGAAAUGGAAGCCAGAGAGGUACCCCUGCUUGGUGGCUCCAAAGGAAAUUCGGAAGCUGAAAGGACAUAUCAAAAAUAUUCAUUGGAACGAGCAUUGCGACAACUGUUUCAUCACCAACCCUCCGGCUGAGCAUGACAGCAAGGUUUGUAUCCCAUCUCGACCACAGCCUGGAUUCAUUACGGAAGAAAUGAAAGCCAAAAUUGACCAACGAGAAAGUCGUCUUGAACCUCACAAGGAACAAUGGUACAGGAUCUACCGCGUGCUUUUCCCAGGGGAAGAAGAGCUCUUUGAAACGCCCUAUCUUGACAAGCAGACAAAGGAUUAUGUGUUGACAGCAAAAGAAUACCGAGAUUCUCCAGACUGCGACGAUAUAAUCGAAGAGGCAUCGGACGAGUUGAAACUUCGGGGCAAGACCCGAGAACGAUUCAGGAAUAGCAUGCGCAAAAGUGUUGUCCCGAAAGUGGUCGAAAGGAUGAAACUUAUUGAUGAAAGGAAAAGACUUGCUGAAUCGGCCCAACACGAUCUUCAGAAGGCUGAUCCUACGCAAUAUGACCUGGUCGACGGUUCUAGUUCAGUAGAAACGACCGCAGCGCUCAAUUCAGGAGGUCAAGCGUCCGGCCGAUCUCAAGGCGAAACUAUCACCUGCCACCUGUUUCCUGAGCCGGAACCUCCGCAAGCCUCUAUGUUUCAUGCACAACUCUCUGUAGAUGAAUCGUUCGUUAACAGCAAUGGUCUUGGAGGUUGCCAUGACAUUAGUGAUCUCGAGGGCUCGCUGGGGAACCUCUACUCGGGGUUUGCUUGUGACACAUCUGGGAACGACUUCCAAUUCGAUGGGAGUUUGUUUGAACUUUGGUAG